AUGGAAUAUGUCGACGAAGUGGUGGACUAUACAGAUACCAAGGAAGAAACUAUUCAGUUAUCACCCGCCGCUUUGGACGAUACACCACCUCAAGUCCGCGACCCCAUCUCACAAGUUGACGUAGGGACAGCAGACAAGCCUUUACUUAUUUCCAUCAGUGAUAGGCUGGCGGAGGAUGAAAAAGAAGACCUUCUUACCCUAUUACACGAAUACAGGGACUGCUUUGCCGACAAGUACGAGGACAUGCCUGGUUUGUCCCUGGAUUUGGUUUUCCACCGGUUGCCAACUUAUCCUGACCGCCGUCCAGUACGGCAAGACGGCCGGUUCAUGCGAACUGAGACUCAGAUCGUCGUCAAGGAAGAAAUCGAAAACAUGCACCGAUCGGGUAUCAUUCGCGUGGCGAAAUAUAACCAGUGGUUAUCCAAUGUUGUCCCCGUCCGUAAGAAAAAUGGCAAAAUGCGCAUCUGUGUUGAUUACCGCGACUUAAACAAUGCAACGCCAAAGGAUAUAUACCCUAUGCCUGUGGCCGACCUCCUCAUCGACGCAGCUGCGGGGCACGAAGUGCUGUCCUUCAUGGACGGAACAGCCGGAUACCACCAGAUUCUCGUCGCUGAGGAAGAUCGCCACAAGACGGCUUUCCGAUGCCCUGGUUUUGCCGGCGCUUUCGAAUAUGUUGUUAUGCCUUUCGGCCUUAAGAACGCGGGGGCAACAUACCAGCGCGCCAUGAACCUCAUCUUUCAUGACAUUUUAGGGAAGUUGAUCGAAGUUUACAUUGAUGAUGUGGUGGUCAAAACCAAAACACGAGCAACCCACGUUGCAGACCUGCGCCAAGUGUUUACACGGAUGCGCCGACAUAACCUGAAGAUGAACCCCGCCAAGUGCGUAUUCUUCGCAGAAGCUGGCGAUUUCCUUGGUUUUCUAGUACAUCAAAUGGGCAUUGAAAUACCAAAGGACAAGGCGGAGGCGGUAAUCACCGCUUCACCUCCCACCACCAAGAAUGAGCUUCAACAGUUGCUUGGGCGAAUCAACUUCCUCCGCCGUUUCAUAUCAAACGCGGCAGGGAAGGUUCAACCUUUCUCACCCCUACUCAAGCUCCAGGGGGCAACCGAGUUCGUCUGGGAACCCCAACAUCAACAGGCCUUCGAUCGAAUCAAGGACUACCUUACCAACCCACCAGUCUUGAUCCCGCCUCACGUACGUUUGCCGCUUAAACUUUAUAUCGCCGCGGCUGACUUGUCCAUCGGCGGCCUCUUGGCCCAAGACGACGAAAACGAGGUGGAGCACGCUGUUUACUACCUCAGCAGGGUGUUAACUGACUGCGAAACACGCUACUCACCUAUGGAGAAAUUGUGUCUCGCUCUAUAUUUUGCGGGAUGCAAGCUGCGCCAUUACAUGCUUGCCUUUACCACGGUUAUGAUCGCUCAAUCCGACCUGGUCAAAUACAUGCUCUCACGCCCUAUCUUACGGGGACGCAUAGGCAAGUGGAUAUUGGCCAUGUCCGAAUUCUCGUUGCAAUAUGUUCCGCAAAAGGCAGUAAAAGGACAGGCAAUAGCAGACUUUCUAGCUCAUCACCCACCUUCAGGGCUCACGGCGUUUCUCGAGUUAGAUUUCGCUGCUGUAACACUCGCUCCAUGGACCCUUUACUUUGAUGGAUCACGAACUGAAACCGCAGCCGGAGCAGGGAUAGCCAUAGAAAAUCCCGCAGGGGAUCGCUUCUCCUACUCGUUCCAGCUCGAUUUCAAAUGCACUAAUAACCAGGCCGAAUACGAAGCGCUCAUCAUCGGGCUGGAAAUUUUGUUGGACUUAGGAGUCCGCGAAAUCCAGGUCUUUGGCGAUUCUCUGUUGGUCGUCAACCAGCUGGUGGAGAAGUUCAAGUGCUUAAGCUUGUCCAUUGAACCAUACCUGCGUAAGGCAUUUGCAGUACUGGAUCAAUUUGAAGACGUCUACAUCGAGCACAUUCCACGCGAGUUCAACUUCGCCGCCAACGAGCUCGCCCAAGUAGCGUCCGGCCUUACCCUGCGCGAUGGCGUGCGCGAACGUUUGCUCAAAGUCGAGCGCCGUACCCUUCCCUCUUUCAUCACAAGGGGGCAAUUUCAAACCGACAUCCCCGAAGUCGCGACCUUAGACCCUAUCGAUGAGGACUGGCGGCUACCAUUUAUCGCCUACCUCCAGAAUCCCAUUGAUGCCGCUCACUCAAGGCAGAUACGUUUCCUCGCAUUAAACUUUGUUUUACGAAAUAGCGAACUACGCCGGCGAGUAGAAGACGGCAACGACUUUCGCUGCGUAUAUGGGAACGAGGCUAAACGUCUCAUGCGCAAAGUACAUUGUGGGGUUUGUGGUUCGCACCAGGCAGGGCCAAAAAUGCGUUGGUUGAUCAGGCGCCAUGGAUACUAUUGGCCGACCAUUUUAAAAGACUGCAUCGCCUUUGCCAAAGGUUGCCAAGACUGCCAGGCCCACGGACCAGUGCAACACAUACCCAACAUUCCAUUACAGCCUAUCAUUAAACCCUGGCCGGGUCGCGGAUGGGCGAUGGAUUUCAUUGGCAUUAUUCAUCCAUAUUCUUCUGAGCAGCAUAAGUUCAUUAUCGUCGCCACCGAUUUUUUUACUAAAUGGGUCGAAGUAGAACCGCUCAAGGUUGCCUCCUCUAACUCAGUCCGCAACUUCAUUUUCCGCAACAUUAUAUCCCGCUUUGGUAUUCCGGAGUGCAUCGUUACGGACAGGGGGGCAGCUUUCAUGGCCGAUUCCGUCGUUAAAUAUUUAAACAACUAUGGAGUCAAACUCCUCCACUCUACACCAUAUUAUGCACAGUCCAACGGCCAAGCCGAGGCCAGUAAUAAGGUCAUCCUUGGCAUUCUCCGGAAGAUGCUGGAGUUAAAUCCACGUGUCUGGCAUGAAGAGCUUUACCACAUAUUGUUGGCUUACCGCACUUCAAGACGCGGCCCAACGGACACUACCCCAUAUGCUCUUAUGUAUGGUCAUGAUGCCGUCCUCCCCCUUGAGAUCAAUAUAGCUUCGCUCCGCGUCCAGGAACAACACCAACUACUUGGCAAAGAUUACGUCCAGGCUAUGUGGCAGGAGCUUGAAGAUCUCGAUGAACACCGCGUCACCGCUUUCAAUAAUCUUAUCCUCGAGAAACAGCGCAUCGCGCGGUCGUACGACAAAGUCACGAGAGGACGAAGUUAUGCCGAGGGCCAAAAGGUGUGGCGCGCUGUCCUUCCACUCGGGGAAAAAACCGAGGGCCGAGGCAAGUGGUCAGCCCGAUGGGAGGGACCUUUCAUUAUUCAUCGUAUACUCCCCAAGGGGGCAUAUCACUUACGCGACAUAGACGGCACCAUUCAUCGCAAUCCUAUUAAUGGCCGUUUCCUCAAACGACACAUUGCUGGAGUUUGGGAGCGCGAGGAUCCUUCCCCAAAGCCCGUCACCACUGUCAAUAGUGCUACGCGCCAUCGCGUUCUCGCUUCGCAGCCCAGCACUAGGGGCAACCCGAGAUAG